AUGACUGUUCUCUUUGUUCUAAAAUGUCUCCGGGGGAGAUGGCCCUCGCCCGCCGGAGGGGCUUCCCUCAGGCCUUGCAGCACGCGGGUGACGCUGGAGGGCAUCAACAAGCCCGUCAUAGACCGCAUCAUCCGGGUGGACCAUGCCGGGGAGUACGGGGCGAACCGCAUUUACGCGGGGCAAAUGGCCGUCUUGGGUAGAUCGAGCGUGGGACCGGUUAUCCAGCAAAUGUGGAAUCAAGAAAAAGACCACCUGAAAAAGUUCAAUGAACUAAUGGUUGCAUACAGAGUUCGACCUACGGUUUUAUUGCCUUUUUGGAAUGUAGCAGGUUUUGUUUUGGGGGCUGGAAGCGCUUUACUUGGCAAGAAAGGUGCAAUGGCUUGCACAGUGGCAGUGGAGGAGAGUAUCUCAGAUCACUACAAUAGCCAGAUCCGAACGCUGAUGGAAGAAGAUCCAGAAAAGUACAAAGAACUAUUGCAGAUAAUAAAGCAAUUUCGGGAUGAUGAACGGGAGCACCAUGACAUUGGGCUUGAGCAUGAUGCAGAAGCGGCACCAGCUUAUUCAGUCUUGAAGACAGCUAUACAACUUGGAUGCAAAGCUGCAAUAUUUUUAUCAGAAAGAAUUUAGUGAUAUUUUCCAUAAUGUUUGUGGCAAUAAACUGUGACACGAAAG